AACAAGAGAAUGGAGUUCGUCUACAACGCAUUAGAUCAAGAAAUUCAUAAAUAUGAACAAGAACUUGAAAAAUGCAAGCAUUAUCAGCAUAUAAGGACACAGAUCCAAUCCCUCAAGAAGGUCAUCGAAGCAAUGAAAUCAACACAACAACCAAAACCAUCAGAGUUCAGCCAGCUAAGCGUGGUAGACAAAUCAGAAAAUUUUCAACCAAUUGAUCAAGUUCAAGAUUUAACAAUCUACAGUCAUGAAGGAAGACUAGCCAGCACACUAGUAAGGGUCUUCGAAAGAACUCAAAAGAUAACAAGGGAAUCUCACACAAGAAUCAAUUAUAAAAGCAGAAAUAUUUUGUUUGUGUCCAGUAAAAGGAAUGAAAUUGAAGAAAGAGAGAUGAGACUCUUAGUGGAAUUUGAAUCAGCAUUCUACAACUUAUUUGGACUCUUAGAAAAGCUCUCCGAAGGGAUAAAGAGGAAUCUCUGCUAUUUGAUAAAAGACAGAGAAGACCACAAGUGCCAGCUAUGUGUCUCAGAGUUAUCUGAAGAAAGCAAUAAUGAAACGGAAUCAACCCACAUGAUAAAGGAAGGAGACAACGCAUCUGAAGACCACAUAAUGAAAGAGGAGGACAGCACAUCUGAAGCAUCUCUCAACAUUAUUGCAUAAUGACGUAAGCGCUUAGGUCAUAGAGCACCAACAAUGUAGCUGGUGCAAGAUAAUAAACAAUGACGUAAGCAAUGACGUCAUAAGAAGGGUAAGGGUGGGAAUUGUCCAUCAGACCCAACCAUUAUAAAUAGGUUGCUUAGGCAAUUGUAGAAAUCAUCAAACCAUAGAAAGCAGGAGGCUAAGAGUACUCAUAUGCUAGGAGAGCAAGGAGGAAGCUGCCGAAGCGAUUCUAUAGUUUGAAGAAGAAUUCCCUUAGGAAAAACCAAUUCUAAACUCCCCUCUGGAGUUAGUAUCUACAAUCUCUCCUCUGGAGAU